UAUUACAAGUUCACCCUUGGGUGCCUCGAAUAUAAAGAUAACGCGGUCAUCUUGUGUUCUGGUCAGUUGAUUGGAGUUUGCGGUCCUAAUCAGACGCAAAAUGGAUAUUGUAAAAGUUUUAAGGAAAUUUCGGGAAGAAGAAGAUCCUGAAAUGGAGGAGUAUGAAGGGAAGUGUUUGCCAACAUUCAGCAAACUAGAACUGUUCAACAUCGCAAAUUCAAAAGGUGUCAAACUGGAGGAAAUUAUGCUGUUGGGUGGAAUCCAGGAUUCCAGGGAAAACAUUUGCAAACUGGUGCAUUUUGCACUACAGUGUGGUGACAUGAUUCAGGAGGGAAAAGAUGAUGAGGAGGCUGGGCCAUCUACACGUCCGGAGCCACCUAAAAAAAAGAAAAAGGCAAAUGAUACAACUGGGAUGAAAGCCCUGGAGGACAAAAUAGAUAAGCUGGAGAAGAAGUUGGAAGAAAAGAAAACAGCCGAUGACGAAUCGGAUUUAGCAAGAGCCAAGCGAGACGUGAAAGAAGAGGCAUCCAAGGGACCAAAGGUUGAUAUUGACGUUUUGCACGAGAGACUUGUAAUUCUUGAAAGUUUAGCUAGAAAGCAAAACAGUGAUAUUAAAGACAAGAUAAACCUAAUUUUAAACCGAUUUAAUUCUCAUAAGUCAAACCCAUCUUUUGCUGCAGCACUUGUGUUGAAAUUAGUCUGCAACAGAGAAGAAGAAAGCAUUUUAGACAAGGAACAAAAGUUAAUGAAAAAUUUCGGAAUGACAAAAAACAAUGAGGAUGUAAAUACACAAGGGUAUGGCAUGUUUCAGCCCAUGCCUUAUAAUUAUGGGUACAAUCGUUUUAGUUAUCCACAAGGACCUUCACCUCCACGUUUUUCUCAACAACCACGAAGGUCAAGACCCCGCACCCCAUUGAUAUGCUAUCGAUGUAAUAAACCUGGUCAUAUGGCUAGGGAUUGCCUUAUCCCUCCACCCCAGAACUAGUUAUUGAACUCUUAUCGUUAAGUUUUUCGUUGAUGUUGCUCAUUAGAUGUUGGCAUGCAUUGUACAUAAAAAAUAUAUUACCUCAUAUAACUAAAUUCUGAUGCAAGUUAUAUAUAUAAUUUCAGGAAAACUUUCGAAUGAAACCAUGGGAAAAAAGUGUGAUUUUUGAUAGCGACCCGACCAAUGAAUUUGUUAGAUUAGCAUCAUAUGUCAAUUUAGAGGGGAAACUUUUAAGUGAAAAGGAGUUACAAAUUAAGCCCGAUUCGGCGGAAAAAUCAUUUAGUGCAUCAUUGAUACAAGGUCAGGUUCCGUCGACUGAUAACUUAGUCUUUUUAAAUCCAAAUUCUUUUAAGGCAGGACAAAUUCAUACGCGUGUAGACCAAUGGAAGCAUAUUAUAUGUAAUUCGUCGCAACCUAAGGAAGUCUUAGAUUGGAUAGAAAACGGGGUAAACAUACAUAAAUACAUUACGUCUUUCAAAGGGAAAUUUUGGGGAGAAAAGUAUGACCACGAAUUUCCUCCACCGAGAAUGUUUAACAAUUCGAACAGUUGUGUUCCUUUUAUUGAUUUUAUAACUAAGACGAUCACAGAGAGAUUACGAAAUGGAUCACUUGAAUGCCUAGGGAAAGUGGGUCUAGUACAACCACCGCAUAUAGUAGCCCCUUUAACAGUAGAACCUACAAAACCUCGACUUUGUGUGAACCUUAUGUAUCUCAAUAAUUGGAUCAAAAGUGUACCAUUCAACUUAGAUACUUUAAAAGAUAUUCCCAGGAUAGUUAAAACAGGUGCUUAUUUCACAUCAAUAGACGAUAAAUCUGGUUUUGAUAAUGUUCGGUUAUCAGAAGAGUCUUUCAAUCUUGUCGGUUUUCAGUGGGGAGGAUAUUAUUAUCGGUGUAAGACCCUACCUUUUGGAUUUAAAUUGUCAAGUUACAUAUACCAUACUUUGAAUAUGCAACCUACCUCUUAUAUAAGGAAACAUUUUUCUAUACCGAUAUUUCUGUACAUUGACGACAGACUGGUAGAGGAAGUUCGAAGUGAAGGGAUAGAACCCGGUAUACCAAGCGCUUUGUUAGCAAAUUACAUUGUGUGUGAAAUAUUAAACAGGCUCGGAUACUGUUUAAAUCUAACAAAGACUAUAUUUGUACCAACACAAUCACCAGUUUUUUUAGGGUUUAAUGUAGACUCUGUAGAGCGUUGCUUCAGGUUAACUGAAAGUAAAAAGAAAAAGUUUGUAGGUUUCAGAGAGGCUUGUCUCGCGAAGUCCGAGCUAUCCGUUUUAGAUUUACAAAAACUAUCAGGCAGGUGUAUUUCUUUCAUGCUAGCAGUCCCUGCCGCAAAGCUGUAUACCCGCGAAAUGAAUAGCGCGAUUUCUUUUGGUAUAAAGUCGAAAUCAGGCAUAACAUUGAAUGGAGAUCUCAAGGAUGAAAUUACGUCAUGGCGUUUUCUUGAUGAAUGGGAAGGUAAAUUAGAGUGGAAAAGGGAGAGACAUUUAUCAGUGACUAUUUUUACAGAUGCAUCCACCUUCAAAUGGGGUGGUGUCUUCGAAAUUAAUGACAUCAAACAUACUGUAGGUGAUUCGUGGGUGGCAGAAAUGCUUUCUCUGCCAAUUAUGAUUCUAGAAGCAUAUGCGUUAUUAAAUGUUUUGAAGUCAUUCAGAGACAAAAUUAAGGGGUUUCGAAUAGAUGCAAAUGUCGACAACAAAGCUUUGAUAUAUGCGUGGGACAACGAGGGGUCAAGGUCAUCUCAAUUGAAUUCUGUAAUAAAAGAUAUUUUCAAAUUUACUAUUGAUUCUGACAUUAUUUUGAACCUGUACUAUAUACCGUCAAAACAAAAUCUCGCUGACGCACCUUCACGUUCUUUAACAAAGUGUGACGCAACAAUUACGAAAGCAAUAUGGCAGACUAUUCAAGAGCAUUUCGGAGGAAAUUCUGGACAUACUUUAGAUCUCAUGGCUCUGGACUCAAAUAGCAUGAAAGACAAAAAAGGAAAUAUUUUAAAACAUUUUACACCUUUUCAAUCUCCUUUGUCCUCGGGUAUAAAUGUUUUCACACAAGAGAUUAACAAACAGGAAAACUGUUACGUGUUUCCACCUUUCAAUCUCGUUCUACCAGUUAUGACUUUCUUGAAAGAAAGCAGUUGUAGUUAUACGAUUGUGAUAAGAGCGGAGAAUACUACUCCUUUAUGGCUGCCUAAUUUUGUCAAUUUUAUUAGUGACGCGUUUGUUCUAGGCCUCAAAGGUCAAAAAGAUGUUUUAAAGUACCCAACGAAAAAGGGCUAUGUGUCUGAUAGAUAUGGUUUACCAUGGAAUUUAUGGGCGGUUAGGGUGCAGAACUUUAUUUCCGGUUCAUCUUAUGGGAAAAUGCUUUUUCUAAAUAACCCUACGAUUACAUCAAAUUUUCAUUUUCUCUGUGUCGGUGAUUCAAUGAUCAGAUUUCUUUUAUCAGAUAAGAAAUUUAGGAACCCUAUGGUACAUGUUUAUUCAGAAGGUGGAGGCCUUAUUCGCAAUGUACAAUACAAUAUUCAAAAGAUGGUCGAUAGGUAUCCACCACAAACUAUUUUUGUGCAUGCCGGUGUGAAUAAUUUGAGUAAAUGUUAUUUGUAUUUGAAUGAAUUUCACCAAUUAUCUGUAGCACAUCAUGAGCUUGAAUCUUUAACAUUGUUGUUAGAAAACAUUUGUAAGCAAUUUACGCAUGUAAAAGUAAUUUUGUCAUCAAUAAUUAUCACUAAGGACGAUUAUAUAAAUAUAAGAUCGGAGAGAUUUAAUGCAAAAAUGAAACAAGCAUGCAGAGAACAUAAGUGGUUAUUCAUGGACAAUGUAAAUAUUAACAGUUCACAUUUAAGGGAUAAUGUGCAUUUGAAUGAGGAUGGCCAACGUAUAUUGACAAACAAUUUAUAUAGUAUGUUAAAAUGUGUAUCCCAAGUAGGAAUGUAGGGACAGUGACAUGACUAGCGUUUGUUUGUUUUUCUCUACCAAAGUGUAAAUAUGUAUGUUUAGUUAACAUUUUUGUAAAUUUAUAUAGUUGUCAUUUUUUUUCUUUAUUUUGUUGUAGGGUUUUAAUAUUGCAAAUAUUUUACGUCCAUACAUGUUAUGCAAAGGAUGUGCAACAGCAAACGAUGUAGACUAUAUUUUUUGUAAAAUAUGUGGUUCUCCGAGAAAUAAGUCAUUAGAAUGUUUAGACGAAUGUUCGAAAGAAAGGGAUCAACUGUUGCAUAAAAUUGAAAAACGAAUUGACAAACUUGACAAUUUAUUAAAAUCGGGGAGUUAUUCAAAACAGAAAUGCAGUUUAAAAACCGAAUUAGAGAAAUUUUUCGUUACUUUGGAACCUCUGAAAAAUCUUUCCAACGCCGUUCCUGAAGAUAUCAGGAAAUUCUUAGUGUUCAAAGAAAAAAAUGGCAGAACACAACUGCACGAGGAUAAUUGCGUAUAUCGUACAGAACAUGGUCUUAAAAACUGCAGUUGUCCCAAAACUCUCACGGUAAAGUCGGUAGACAGUUUGUUAGGGAAAAUAAGAGCAAUUUUUCGAGAUAUUGGAAGAGCUGGAGAAUGGAACCCAAUGCUUUACAGUGGCAACCCGGCUUCAUCUCAUAUCUUGAAGCAACAUAUUCAAGCAGUGUCUUUGGAGCAAUCUAAUUCUAAUAUUACAAGAAAACAAGCGACUCCUUUAAUGUUCGACAAGUUAGGAAAACUAUGUAGAUAUUUAUCCUACAAAGUGUCCGUGGAAAAAGACCCUAUAUCACAGUUCUUAUUUGCGCGUGACUUGUCUUAUUUUUCUCUGUUAUGUCAUUCAGGCAACAGGGGUGGGGAUCUUGGUUUACUUAAGGCCGAAAAUUUGUUUGAAAUACCUGAUUCAACAGGCAUUUAUGUAUCACAACAGGCAGGGAAAACGGCCUCAAUCGACAAUCCAAAAAAUUAUAUCAUCUUGCCGUCGCUAGAUGAAGAUAUUUGUCCAAUUAAACUUGUAAAGGAUUACAAACGUAUGGCAAGUAAAUUAGAUGUAGAUUUAAACAAGGGUUUCAUUUAUCGUGUUAGAGACAAUAAAUCAAAACAAAUUAAUAAUCGAGCAGUAUCAUCAUCAUGUAUGACAGACCGGUUAAAGACGCACUUAAUGAAUAUUAAUCUGUAUCAAGGAGAAACGUCCCACAGCAGCAGACGCGGUUGCGCAAUUACCUUAAGAAUGUUAGGAGUCGAUGAUCAAGCGAUCAAUCAACAUGUGGGUUGGAGUUCCAAGGGAAUGAUUGACCAUUAUGCACAUGUUGGAAAAUUAAUGAGCCCCGAGGGUCCAGCUAGAACAUUGUCCUCCGCUGCUAAACAUUUAGGACAGGGGUCGUCUUUGUUCGAUAAAGUUUCACAAAACUAUGUCAGUAUAAGUAAUUUGAAACAGUUUAAGUUUUGAAUUUGUUUUAUGAAAUUUUUGAAAUGAAAACGUAAUUAUUUAAAAGCACUUUUUUCAGACGUUUUGAUUAAUUGUAUAUCAAGAAAGGGGAAAACUUAAACAAUUAAUUAAGGUACAUUUGAUUUUUUCAUUACUGUUUUAUGUAUUUUUUAUAUUAUAAGUAUUGGAUAAUAAAUACUGUAUUAAAUGAGUAUAGUUUG